AUGGAGGAUUUGGCCUACAGUCCUCACGCUCUGAUCAACACAGCGCCCCCAAUGCUGGAACUAUCCAACGUGUACGGCAUAGAGGAAGUGCACGCUCUUCGCUACAGGGAGGGCAAGGGAGGACGGCUUAGCUCAGAGAGGAUUAGAGGCAAGGAGUGGCCUACCAACGGGUCCUCUGUGUGCGUUAACAACGAAUCGCCGAACGAGAAUAGAUGUCAUAGCACAGAGGCCGGCGCCAACGCCCUCCUCGGCAUCAACCUGAUCUUCCUCUGGCUGUUCCGCAACCACAACUACUUGGCCGACAAGCUGCACGAGCUCAACCCUUGCUGGGGCGACGACAAGCUUUACCAGGUCGCCAGGGACAUUAAUAUUGCUAUGUACCAGCACAUAGUGUAUCACGAGCUGAUGCCCGCUGUUAUUGGUCAGAAGUACUUAGAGAAGAACAAAGUGAUAUUCCCGGGGCACGUGCACGUGGACGACUACGAUGAGGACUUGGAGCCACGACUGGCACAGGAGUACGUGUUGGCGACGAGAUGGUUCCACGUCUUGCAGGAGGGACGGAUCAACCUCUACGACAAGCACGGCAAGAUGUUCAACCAGCUGUCAGUGGUAGACCUGUCUCUACGCACGGGCGCGCUGACAAUCAAUAACACUAUAGAGGGCGCCACGCAAGGCGCCUUCAGGCAGGCUUGCGCUAGUACUGAUUACGUUAUAGACCCAGAGAUGGGCGAGCGUUCCCUCGGUCGCCUCCAAUUCGUGUCAGACGUAAUGGCGGCCGACAUCAUGAAGACGCGCGACGUGGGAUUGCCUCCAUACAACCGCUACCGAGAGCUGUGCAAGCUGCCCGUGGCCGAGCACUUCCACGACCUCUACCAGUGGAUGCCCAAGGAGGUACGGCUACAAGACAACUAG